GAGUGCACCAAUCCUUGCUGUAACCCCCAGAAUUGCACGCUGAAAGCCGGAGCCGAGUGCGCCCACGGGGAAUGUUGUAAUUCCUGCAAGCUGAAGACGGCCGGGACGAUGUGUCGGGAGCCGGCUGGAUCGUGUGACCUCCCGGAAUAUUGUACGGGCGCUUCCCCCUACUGUCCCGGAAACGUCUACCUGUUGGACGGCUCAGCGUGUUCCCACGGAGAAGAGUAUUGCUACAACGGCAUGUGCAUGACGCACCACCAGCAGUGCAUCCAGCUGUGGGGACGAGGUGCUUGGCCGGCCCCCGAUGCCUGCUUCCAGGACGUUAACCGAGCUGGUGACAUGUACGGCAACUGUGGGAAGGACCCACGCGGCAACUACGUGAAGUGUGCCAAGAGGGACGCCAAGUGUGGGAAGAUCCAGUGCCAGAGCCCGGCUGCCAAGCCCAAAGGGACCAACACCAUCUCCAUGGACACCACCAUCCGGUUUAACGGGCAGGAGAUCAAGUGCCGAGGAACUUUGGUCUACGCCACCAAGGAUGAAGAGGGAGACCUUUCGGAUCCGGGCCUUGUGAUGACGGGCACCAAGUGCGGAGAUGGGUUGGUGUGCAAAGAUCAGCGGUGUCAAAACGCUUCCUUUUUCGAACUGGACAAAUGCAUCUCCAAAUGCCACGGCCACGGGGUGUGUAACAGUAACCAGAACUGCCACUGUGAUCCUGGAUGGGCACCUCCGUUCUGUGAGAAGCCAGGGCUGGGUGGCAGCGUGGAUAGUGGCCCCGUCCAGCAAGACCAUUAUGAAGCCGUCUUGAUCACUUUGCUGGUGAUCUUCCUGGUGGUCGUGCCCGCUCUACUCCUGGGACUCUACACCUGCUACCGACGGGAAAGUUCGCCCCUCCACAAGUGGGCCAAGGGCUUACGGAAAAGACACAGGACCUGCAGGAACGGAAUGGCUCACCAGAAAACAAGUCAAGGCCACUCAAAUUCGGCUUUCAGCCUGCAGGAUAUUUCCUCCGCUAACAAAGUGAAAUCCAGCAUUACAACUCAGGUAGCCAGAGGCAUUUCCUCGCUGAAGCCCAACCCUCCUCAAAGGGGCCCCCACCCCAUCAACGUGGUACGACCUUUGCGGCCCGGGUGUGGCCCCUCCGCCCCCCUCCAGAGAGACCUCAAACCUUCCAGGCCCCCGCCCCCGCCAUUCCACGGAUCGCCCGCCGUGCCCCUGAAAGGCAGAUUUGGGGGUCCCACCAAACUGCCCCCUCCGAAGAAGCCCCUUCCGAGCACCCCUGUCCGACCCCCUCCGCUCAGACCAUUUUACAAGCCCAAGACCCUCCUGGCAAAAGACGUGUCCUCAACACCCAGCCAACCCUUGCUGGUUAUGGUCCCGCCGACCAACUCCAAGCCAGCGGGGACCAGGGCCUCGAACCCUCUCUCCAAACCCCUCAAACCGGUCGCACCUCAAAGACCGCUCCCGGGCCUAAAAGUUCACCCCGCUUCCUUCGCCUUCAAGAAGUGACGACGGCUUUGGCCCACGACGCUGCCUUCCUCAUUUGCACUACUGUGGUUCCAACGCAGGGAUUUUUGGUUACGAGAGACAUAUUCAUCUUUUGGGGAGUGGAGGGGGGGGACUUGGAAAAUGGAAACCGUCCCACCCAAAAAAAAAAAGAAGAAACGGAGGAGGGAAGAGCUACGGUCACCAAAAACCUUUUGAGGGGCUGUGGAAGAGAGUAAGGCGGACCUCGAGACCCGUGGCUUCAUCUGAUCCGCAGAAGCUUCGUGAAUGUGACAAGAUUCACGACCUACCUCCUUAUUUUGCACAACCUCGUGAGAUGUUUUCCCUCCUGGAACGCCAGUUUUGGGGGGAACCUGGUCCUGAAGUUGGUGUCACCGAUUUACAGGUGGACACCCUCUCAUCCACCCACCCCCGCCAGGUUUCCAGAUGUACGAUGCAGCAAACCAUGAGAUGGAACAAGCUUGUCCAUCUGGACAUCCGUGCAGGAUGUUGGGUUGAGUUUAGCUGGUCUGGAAGAAACCAGUUUGGGAGAGAUGAUGCAGAAGAAGGAGGAGGAGUUGAUGAGCUUUGCUUGAGUCCUUCUCGACACCCGUUCCUUCCACCUGGAGAAGAAGGCCAUCUCAGAACAUCUCCGCUGAUUCCAGAAAACAGGAAGGGCCUUGGGAAAUGUCCUGAUUCCUUGGAAGGGUGCUGUUGGCCAGAACAGAUGUUCCUUGGGCAGCGUCUUGGUUCCUUGAAGUUGAGCAAUCCAAGAUCUUCAUUGGGGGCAGAAGACCUCCUUCCACUCUCUCUCUUUGCCCCAGUUACAAUGGAGGGCCAUUUCUACCCCACACAUCUAUUUGGACAAAGUUCAGGAGGACUCCCUGUAGACCAUCAACACAACAAUCCACAACAGUCAAUCCUACUGGAGUCCAUGUGGUUGGCGGUGAAUUAAAAAUAGGACCAGAGGGAGGAAGUUCUAGCUUUUCUGUGGGAAGGGAAAUUUUUCCCUCCCAAGAAAAUCUGGUCCAACUUUUGCUUUGAGGGGUGAAGGCCAGCAGAAGAACAGCACAGGGGAAGCAACAUUCCUGACUCAGUACAGGCCCUGUUGACUGGCAGUGGGAGAAUGAUUAUGGGGUCAUCAUAGAUGAUGGACCAUCCUCUCCCACUCCGUCCCACUACUUAGGCCCAAGAACAUCAUAGAUGGUGGACCAAAUCUUGAAGUCCACUCAGCAUCUUCUUCCUGUCCAUCCCCUCCCACCUGUCCCACCACCCAGGGCCAAGAACAUCAUAGAUGGUGGACCAAGUCUUGAAGUCCAUUCAGCAUCUUCUUCCUGUCCAUCCCCUCCCACUCUGUCCCACCACCCAGGGGCCCAAGGACAUCAUGGAUGGUGAACCAGGUCUUGAAGGCCACUCAGCAUCUUCUUUCUGUCCAUCCCCUCCCACUCUGUCCCACCACCCAGGGCCAAGAACAUCAUAGAUGGUGGAUCAAGUCUUAAAGUCCACUCAGCAUCUUCUUCCUGUCCAUCCUCUCCCACUCUGUCCCACCACCCAGGGCCAAGAAUAUCAUAGAUGGUGGAUCAAGUCUUAAAGUCCACUCAGCAUUUUCUUCCUGUCCAUCCUCUCCCACUCCGUCCCACCACUUAGGCCCAGGAACAUCAUAGAUGGUGGACCAAAUCUUGAAGGCCACUCAUCAUCUUCUUCCUGUCCAUCCUCUCCCACUCCGUCCCACCACCCAGGGCCAAGAACAUCAUAGAUGGUGGAUCAAGUCUUAAAGUCCACUCAGCAUCUUCUUCCUGUCCAUCCUCUCCCACUCUGUCCCACCACCCAGGGCCAAGAAUAUCAUAGAUGGUGGAUCAAGUCUUAAAGUCCACUCAGCAUUUUCUUCCUGUCCAUCCUCUCCCACUCCGUCCCACCACUUAGGCCCAGGAACAUCAUAGAUGGUGGACCAAAUCUUGAAGGCCACUCAUCAUCUUCUUCCUGUCCAUCCUCUCCCACUCCGUCCCACCACCCAGGGCCAAGAACAUCAUAGAUGGUGGAUCAAGUCUUAAAGUCCACUCAGCAUCUUCUUCCUGUCCAUCCUCUCCCAUUCCGUCCCACCACUUAGGCCCAGGAACAUCAUAGAUGAUGGACCAAGUCUUGAAGUCCACUCAGCAUCUUCUUCCUGUCCAUCCUCUCCCACUCCGUCUCACCACCCAGGGGCCAAGAACAUGGUGGAGAUGCCAAUCUGUUGCCACAUUCUAUGUGCCCACCUUGGUGGUGGAUUGGGUUGGUGUUGGCCAUAUGAGCCAAGAAGUCCAGAUAGGACUGGGCAGUGGUUAGCGAUGAAGCUCAGUCCUUGGUGGGUUCCUGAAGACGGUCCUGUCCAACCCUGAUCUACUGCUGGGCCUACAGGAAGCUCCAGGUUGAGAUUGAAGAGAUUUAGAAAGCCAGCAUAAUUUCUGAUUUCAGAUGGGAAAGCCGGAGAAAUGCUUGACUGGUAGUCCUCGACUUACGACCACAACUGAGCCCGAAAUUUCUGCUGCUAAGUGAAUCAUCAUUUUUUAAAAAAAACCAUUGCAUGAUUUUUUUCUUGCCACCUUUGUCGUCACGGUCGCUAAACGAACCGUUGGAAGUCGAGGACCACCCGCAUUCACAGAUGUUCCGUAUCUCAGCCUCCCGUAUGGGUAGGGGGCCUCGGGAAGAAUAAAAACAAAUGGAUAUUUUUGCUCUCAAGAAUGGCGUUGAGCACUGGUGCUUGGGGGACCAAGUACGCCGGUCGGACCAUGGACCGUCUCUGGAUCUGAGUGGGCGGGGGUUUUAUUCCCAGGAUCUCGGACAGUGAUGCCGAACCUUUUCGGCACCGAUUGCCGAGAAAGGAGCACUUCACGCACGCCUGUCUGGUCCGCGAUCGGGAAGAGGAGCUGCCCAGGGAACAUCCAUGGGCCGGAAAAUAAACUUCCAGUUUGCAGGGGCCGUCAGCAAGUCUUCCGGUUACUGCCGCGCUUGUGCCGAUCUCGGCUGGCGUGUAUGCUCACGGCGGAAAACGGAAAACCAGAUCUUUUGGUUUCUGGCACUGCCGCACGCACGAAGGCCAGCCGAUUGUCGUUUGCGCACGCGCACCAGAAACCCAGAAGAGGAACGGGUGACGCUGCAUGUGCCAGACGACAUGGCUCCACGUGCCACUUCGGACAUGCGUGCCAUAGUUUUGCCAUCCUGGGUCUAGGAGCAGGUCUGAACACGAGCCAGGCGCCUUCUCCCCCUCUAGGCCUUUUCCGCAGCCUCUUCCACUCUCCCGGGACCAAUUGCUUCUGAGCCCAAGAACAGGGCCUGCACUCCAUAGGGAAGACCCCCUCCUCUCCUUUGAGGCGCACUGAUGACCUCCGGGUAGCCCGCUGCUGGAUGCUGGCAUUCCUGUGCCAAAUGCUCUCUUUUUUCAUGCGUGGGGGUGCCACUGCGUUGCUAGAAGGUUCUUUCAACCGGGGUGGGGGUGGGAGUGGGGGAGCCAGCUUGUUGGCAGGGGGGCUAUUUCGAACUAGCCCCCAAUCGGAACCUUCCAGCACUUCCUUUAUUUCUCCCCCCCCCCAUUUUUUAAAAAUUUGCUCCGUUUUGCUAUCCGCUUAGACCAAGGGUCUCCGAAGUUGGCAACUUUAAGACUUGUGGACUUCAACUCCCAGAAUUCCAGAGGUUAAGACUUGUGGACUUCAACUCCC